ACACAGCGUAGUUGCUGCCGACGUCGACUUACAGAAGAAGACUUCAACGGAGAGACAAGAGGAGUAAAAUGACAGGGCGCGCAAAAAGAAAACCCAAAUCUGUUCAGGAGAGAAGCACAGACAAUGGAGAGGUGAAGAAAGCCCGAAUUGAAGAAUCCAACAAUGUGCCACUGGCAGGAGUGAAAUCGGAGCAACGUGACGAGAUGGUGCAGCUGUACAGUUUUCAAAUGCCAGAAGAUCUGUACCAUUUCUGGGAAUUCUGCAAUGAGCUUUGCCCUGAAAACCCCCGCGGUUCUCUGAAAGACUCACUGGGAUUGCAGCUGGUUGGACCAUUUGAUAUUUUGGCAGGAGCUCACAAAACCUCCAACAAUCCCCAGCCUAACUUCCACCUUCAUUGGCGAUAUUUUUAUGAUCCACCAGAGUUUCAGACCAUACUUAUAGGGUGUGAGGACAGCCAGCAUCACAUUGGUUACUACAGAGAUACUCCAGACUCCCUUCCUUCAUUUGUUGGAGAAAAUGAAGCCAAGAAGGGCUGUACUAUAACACAGAUCGGGAACAAUGUGUUUGCUGCAGUGCACUUGUAUCUGCUCAGGAAGAGGAAAGAGAGAGGCAGUAAGAAACCAGGGGAUGAUAUGUUGGAAAGCUUGGAGGCAAAGCUGAGAGACAAGGCAGAGACUCUGGGCUUUUCUCUAGAGCAGAAGACCAAAGGCAUGAAGCAGAGAGACAAGAAGGUGGUCACAAAGACUUUCCAUGGUGCGGGCAUUGUUGUACCUGUAGACAAGAAUGAUGUUGGAUACAGGGAACUGCCAGAAACAGAUGCUGGUCUCAAGAAGAUCUGUAAAGCCAUUGCUGAAGCACGGAAUGAUGACGAACGCGUCAAAGCUUUUGGACCGGUCCAGGAGAUGAUAACAUUUGUUCAGUUUGCUAAUGAUGAGUGUGACUAUGGCAUGGGGUAUGAACUAGGAAUAGACCUCUUCUGUUACGGAUCCCAUUAUUUCCACAAAAUGAUCAAGCAACUUCUGCCCAUGGCCUACAGCUUACUGAAAAGGAACUUGUUUGGGGAAAUUUUGGAGGCCCACCUGUCCAAUCGUAGCCAUGACAGCCUAGACCAACUCUCUGCACAUUAAAAAAGAGUGUGUGUGUGUGUGUGUGUGUGUAUAUAUAUUCAGAAGUAUUUCCAUUCUUAUAAGCUUUCCCGUCAUCUGUCCUUGUCAUCUGUUAUUUGUCAUUGUUGAUGUUUUUUUAGUGAUUUCGGUGCUACUGUCACUGACUG